AUGAUAGCUUAUACGUCUUACAAACAUUCUGUUACGCGUUUUACUCUUAUAAUAGUAGCUGAUUUAUUAGAGCUUUUCUUUCAUUCUUAUACAAAUGAUGGGAUAAAAUUUUACUGUACUCUUAGUUACGAAUGGCUGCUGUUGAAAGUGUUUGUUGCUAGUGCUGCUGCGUAUGGGGAAUUUCUGUCUGGAAGACCUGGUGAAGGAUCUACGGUGGCUCAAUUGGUACUUACACAACUUUAUGAAAUUCAAAAAUGGUUCCAUAAUCAACGGGUGUACCACUUCUACGCUUCUUCAAUACUAAUAGUCUACGAAGCAAAACCACUGUCUGAUCCAAGGCCACUUGUCAGGCUGAUAGACUUUUCACACGUUUUUCCGUCGAAUGGUAACUUAGAUGAUAAUUAUAUUUUUGGCUUGGAUAAUGUGAUUAGAUUUAUUGAGCAGUAUCGUGACUUGACUCAACAGAAGAACUGA